CAACACAGCACUUCUCUUACCCCUUUCAGAUAGUUCCGCAAUGGAAUCGAACAAGGAUGAGGCGGAACACUGCAUCCAAAUUGCAAUAACUGCUAUUAAGAGUAGUAACCCAGAAAAAGCAUUGCGUUUUUUAGAAAAAGCUCAAAAACUGUACCCGACUGAUAAAGCACAAGCUUUGAUCAAAACCCUUAUACAGAAUGAACAACAAUCAACUGAGAACAACAGCCAUUCACAAGAGAAUGACCAGGCAGACCUUCGGCACAGAAAAUCAGCUGGAGAGAAUUGCUCAGCCAAUGGAGAGAUUGGUGGUGAUACUGCUAAAAGCUACACAACCGAGGAGGUAGAAGCAGUCAAGAGGAUAAAGCAGUGUAAAAAUUAUUAUGAAAUUCUUGGAGUAAACAAAGAUGCUACAGAGGAGGAUUUGAAAAAGGCGUAUCGGAAGCUAGCCCUGAAGUUUCACCCUGAUAAAAAUCAUGCACCUGGAGCUACAGAAGCAUUCAAAGCAAUUGGGAAUGCAUACGCAGUACUCAGCAAUCCAGAAAAACGUCGGCAGUAUAAUCAAUAUGGUGAGGAAAGAGUUCAUCCCAACCAUCACGGACACAGUCAUACUGAUUUCCACAGAGGCUUUGAAGCAGAUAUUUCACCAGAAGACCUAUUCAACAUGUUUUUUGGUGGUGUUUUUCCUACAAAUAAUGUCCAUGUGUACAGCAAUGGUCGAAUGCGUUAUACUUAUCAAAGGCAAGAGCGACGGGAGCAACAAGGGGAGGGUGGCCUUGGUCUUUUCGUUCAGCUGAUGCCUAUUCUCAUCUUAAUUAUUGUAUCUGCCCUCAGCCAGAUGAUGGUGUCGAAUCCCCCCUACAGCCUCAGCCAGAGACCGUCAGUGGGCCACAUUCACAGAAGACAGACAGAGUUCCUAAAGGUGCCUUACUUUGUGGCAGAGAACUUUGCAGAGGAGUACACUGGGGCAAGUUUAAAACACGUUGAGCGAAAUGUUGAAGACGACUAUAUUGCUAACCUAAGAAACAAUUGUUGGAAGGAGAAGCAACAAAAGGAAGGCUUGCUGUAUCGCGCUCGUUAUUUUGGGGAUAAUGAACUCUACUUGAGAGCUCAGAGGAUGGGUACACCCAGCUGCACAAGGCUCUCAGAAGUGCAGUCUGCUAUGCACAGUUAGGGUUGCAGUGGUCAGAGCCCUUGCCUGAAAACAAAAUCAUAUCCAGAAACUUGACGUGUACUCUGUCAGCUGAUAUUUCAGUGACAAGACAGAGAAAGGGGUGUGACUGCUACACUGAAAUCUUAAUGUUAUAUGCCAUGUGGAGCUGAUAAAACCAGAAGUAACGUAGGUCAUUUUUUUAAUACAAGAUCUCAACAGUAGAACCCCCAGCUCUUCCUGGAGUGGAAUGAAAGUUUUGUGUGGACACUAAACCACUUGGAUGAGCAUCACGUAAAUGUUUAAAACUCUUACUCGUUUCCACUGCUGAUGGAACAAAAUCUAAAUAUGGACUUGAAGAAAGAAAAGAUAGUUAUAUAUUUGGAUUAAUUUAUAAUAACUUGUACAUAAACUGCAAUUUUAAAACUAGAAAAAGGACUUGAUUAAGUUAUCCAACUUUUCCUUCCAGAGUGAAUAAAUUGUAAUAUGUGUA